AUGGCCGAUCUGCACUUCCGCAUCGCAACCCUAACCGAUGCACCCUUCAUCCAACAACUUGUGCAAUCCGCAUUCCGCGCAGAAGAUACUCGAGAAAACUGGACCGCAGACAUGGAACUAGGAAGAAACUUUACUGUCUCCAUUGAUGAUGUAACGAAAACAAUCACCAUGCCAAACACUGUUAUUCUCCUCGCCUUCACCAACGAUCAUCGCGAGAUACUUGUGGCUUCAGUCGAUGUAUCUCAGCGCACGAAUGACUAUGCACGUCUUUCUAUGGUCGCUGUGAACACCGAUUACCAGCAGGCGGGGGUUGGAAGACAGGUGCUGGCUUAUGCGGAGGAAUACGCACGUGAGACGUGGGGCGUGUCGAAAACAGGACUCAAUGCUCUUUCUACACGUCAGGAAUUGAUUGCUUGGUAUUUGCGUCGUGGGUAUCAGAAGACGGGGGAGAGGUGCCUUUUCCUAGAGAGAAGUUUCCCAAUUUGGUAUUGCCGGAGGAUCUAG